UCCAACGGCUGCACCUCCUCCCUAACCAAUAGAGAUUGGGCGCAAAUAUCUCCAGCAGUCUUUCUCAAGAUCUGUGGGUGGGUCUUACGUUUGUCAGUUUCGUUCCUUAGCAAUUUACUCACUUUAACACACUGCAGCAAGGGUGACAGGAGCAAAAGCGGAAAAAGACGGGGAAGGAUUUCAAGCACAACAGUGAUCAGAGCGAUGGCGGCCAUCAGGAAGAAGCUGGUGAUCGUGGGGGAUGGCGCGUGCGGGAAGACCUGCCUGCUCAUCGUCUUCAGCAAAGACCAGUUCCCCGAGGUCUACGUGCCCACCGUGUUCGAGAACUACAUCGCCGACAUCGAGGUGGACGGCAAGCAGGUGGAGUUGGCGCUCUGGGACACGGCCGGCCAGGAGGACUACGACCGGCUGCGGCCGCUGUCCUACCCCGACACCGACGUCAUCCUCAUGUGCUUCUCCAUCGACAGCCCCGACAGCUUAGAAAACAUUCCGGAGAAGUGGACCCCGGAGGUGAAGCACUUCUGCCCCAACGUCCCGAUCAUCCUGGUGGGGAACAAGAAGGACCUGAGGAACGAUGAGCACACUCGGAGGGAGCUGGCCAAGAUGAAGCAGGAGCCGGUGAAGCCCGAGGAGGGCCGGGACAUGGCCAACCGCAUCAGCGCCUUCGGCUACCUGGAGUGCUCGGCCAAGACCAAGGACGGCGUGCGGGAGGUGUUCGAGAUGGCCACCAGGGCGGCGCUGCAGGUGCGCAAGCGCAAGAAGAGGAGUGGCUGCCUGCUGCUGUGAGGGAGAGAGGGGGCGGAGCCAACCACAGACCACCCAGACGAGCAACCUUCGACCAAACGCCAUCUUUGUACUGUACCUCACAUUCUGCGCCGGCAAGAAGAGAGUAGCGUAUGCCAACACACACACACAUACACACACGCACACACACGCGAAUGACGACAAAAGACUGGGUUCUAACACGGAUUAGAAAUGGACAUUUAUAGCCUACUGUAUUGCGUUCCUUUUAUUUCUGCCACCUUGGGUCUUUCUGUUAGUUUUUUUUUCUUUUCUUUUUCGCACCAGCAUAUCUUCCUGCUCCAAUAAUGAGAAAAGGCUAAUAUAUGUAUGUAUGUAUGUAUGAUGUAUGUAUGUUUUUUAUGUAUGUGCAUAUAUUCAGCCCGCCCCACCCCACUCUGCAGCUCCGCCCUGUUUCCCAUGGUCCACCUGACACAUGCAGGGACAGCCACAUUGAUUCACCCGAACUCAUCUUCCCUGAUGAUGUACGCAAUGAUUUAUACAGAAUGGGCCUAUCACCAUCCAGCACACGUGCACCUGCAGGGGUUUCCAUUUUAAUGGUGGGGGGGGGGGUCCGUUUGCUUAGAAGGAUUCAUGAAGCAGUUUACACUCUGAUAGGGGUCUCUAGUUUGAGAUCAAGUGAAAGCAAGAAGGGCUUGGGAUUGGUGGAUUUUGCCACACCCCCCUUUCCGCUCAGCCGCCAUUGGUUCCCUGCCUGUGAUGGUGUGCUUGAUUGGUCCAGGCCAUGCCCAUAUCCAAGGAGAAAGGUGGGUCACAGUUAAGGACGUGUGCAGAGCCCUGACUCUCCACUCGCAUGCUGCAGAGCCAAGAGAUCAUCCUCUCCAUUUGAGUGACUGUCCCUUACACCCUUUAAGGAGUGAGGUCACAAACCUGUGAUUAGAAUGUUCUCAACUGAACAUUCUAAUGCUGUGAUGUCACAGUCGCUACCGGUAACUGAAAGCAGUGGAGUUCUAGAAUACUGACUUAGAAUUUAGAAAAACAUUCCAAAAGAUCCUACCCCUCAAAGGGUUAAACCACAAACGAAACUGUGACUCCGCUCUGGUUCUGUCCCCCUGUCUGACCCCCUGCGGCUCUGGUUCUGUCCCUCGCCUGACCCCCUGCUGUCUACAGAGUCCUUGAGCACCAGACACAGUCGCGUUUCCUUAUCCUCGGCUCGAUGCGGUUCAGGCGUGAUGUGCAGACUGGAUUGGAGCGUAUCUGAAGGCUAGCCUGACUGAAUCAGACCCGCUCGUACGUGUGACUGACCGGACAGAACCGCCCAGAGAAGGAGAGAGCCUCUGAAGACCUGCGAAGAGCGGCUGAGGAACCGAAGGGACAAUUCGGUAACGCUAGGCUCUGACGCCCAAUGAGGCCCCCUGGUGGCGGGAAAUGGGAACGGCGGCUCUCCGCGCAGCAUUGAUCUGUUUGUGGAGGGUUAGUCACCACGCCGGCCGCAGGUUAAGCACGCCGAUCGAUGGGGUCCGAUUGGCUAACGGCCGUUUCGCCCAGCUCGCCCGACCGUCUGCCACCCAGAUACAUUAGAGAGAGAGAGAGAGAACCUGCCUAAAGGAGGGUCAAGCAGGGGGCUGUGAGGUUGCAGAGCCCUGACCCAGUCCCCCCCUCCCCCCCCCCAUAAGGGGAAGUGUGCUCUGAUCCUAGGUCCUCUGAGCCAGCUCCAAUUAUUCCCCAAACCCUUCUGUGAAAAGCCUGCACUAACCCAGGGGCAUGGAUGUGUACACAACAGGGGUCCCUGCAGGUGCCUAUCGGUGCCUUCCUGUGGGUGCGGUCUUUUGGGCGAUGAUUGGCUGGUGACCCGGGGGGUGCGGUCUUUUGGGUGAUGAUUGGCUGGUGACCCUGGGGGUGUGGCCUUUUGGCUGAUGAUUGGCUGGUGACCCUGGGGGUGUGGCCUUUUGGCUGAUGAUUGGCUGGUGCCCCUGCGGGUGCGGCCUUUUGGCUGAUGAUUGGCUGGUGCCCCUGGGGGUGUGGCCUUUUGGCUGAUGAUUGGCUGGUGACCCUGGGGGUACGGCCUUUUGGGCGAUGAUUGGCUGGUGCCCCUGCGGGUGCGUUUUUCGCUUGCGUACGCCGCAGAUGUUCCUGUCAGUCAAUACCUCCAAUCGGGAGAGAGAUGGCUCGGGUGUCUGGAUGUGUGACUCAAAAUGUCCCCAGUCCAAGGUGUACAGACCGCGCUCGGAGAGAGAAACCGAGCUCCCUGGGGUGGAAAGGCCAUCGCUAAUGGACAGAGGCACCCGGUCAGCGUUUAAUGAAACACAGCAGUCACGGCCAUCAAUCAAAAUGAUUGGCAGCGGCUAACCCCACCCAUUCAUCAAAGGCAGUACUGAUGGAACUUCAGGUUGAAAGUUUUGAGCCUACAAGGCCUUAAAUCUUUUUUAUUGCAUUUUAUUUCCCCCCCUCCCCUACACGCACACGUACACACACACACACACACACAUCAUUCUCAUAGCUUCUGAUUUGCUUUCUCUUAUACUGACUGGAUUUUGUUUUCUUUCUUGUGGUCGGGUGGAACCUUUCUGUUUGGUUAAAGUGAGUGGGGGGGGGGGAGAGUUGGAAAGGUGACACACUUCACUCUUCUGUUUGUGGCUCAUUUGGACUGGAGAAUAAACUGUCUGUCCUCUCAGCCCAGUUAAGUAAGAGGUUGAGCUUCGUACUGCUGACAAGCAGGCCACUCAAGAGGCCCCAAGAAUCCGCAGGGUCAAUUUUCUCACAGCCCCGCGACUGUUGGCUUCUCGCUGGGGUUGAAAUUCCCUCGAGGCCCCGGACGGACUCCUGAAAUCCCUUUCUGAAUUUGAAAAGGUUAUCGGCAUCCAAAUAAGGCUUUGCUGCUUAGUCUGUUUGCGUUAAAUGUUAAGGAGGCCGAAAUUGAGAGAUUUCCUCGGAUCGCGGAAUCAAUCGAUGCAUUGCAGGACGUUCGCUGGCUGCUAAUUUUGCGUUUCGCCUCACGGUCGUUUGCUGCCACGGCCGCCCCUCAUGUCCGCACAGGAGCCGCUCUGAAAUGGGACUUUAUUAAAGCCUUUGGAAUGGUUGGAAUUUCCAGCCUGUUUGGAAUUAAACUGCCCCAUUCCUCUCUUUUAAAAAAAAUUAUAAAAAUUUAGCAUAGUGCCAUUUAUGUAACCUUUCUCUUGCCGUUCUACGCUAAUAACUGAACUGCAAGUGUCGUACCAACUGGCUCUAAAGUUGAUUUGAUUUCCCUUUUGUUUUUCAUUGCUGUUUUAUAGCAUUUAAAUAAUUUAGCCAAGAGAGACUCACUCAAAAACCCUUCAGUAUUCAUGUCUGGUGUCACCUUCUCUUUUCUGUUCAGCAGCUCUAAUAGAGGCACUGGUAACGUUGUAGUUAGUGGGUAGCGCGAUGUACUGACUGGUUGACUUGUACCAAGAUUUGCAGACUGACUGAUGCAGUACCAGUGUGGUAAUGUUGAUGUUAUGGGAUGGCUUGCAGCAGACAGGUGUGAAGACACCUGGAGUUUUUUUGGAAGUCUUUCAAGAUGUUAUCUGGUUUACUGUUCUCCAAAGACAUCCUAGGUAGAAUGUCCUUAGAUUGAACAUCCUCUCUCAGUCUGUUCAGACCUGCAGUUGUUUACCGUCACACUGGGAUCCUGUAGUCUGCUUGUUUGUACCAGCCUGCCCAGGUCACCAUAGCUGAUGUGUGAAGAGAUAGUCUGCAGGGAAAGGUAUUACUCAAGCAGACCACAAGGGGGAGACAAAUCAAUAUUUAGAAGUUGUGGGCCACAGUUUCAGUUUCGACCUUUGUGUACACACCUGACAUUCAUUUCGUUUUUACACCCGCAUAAAUAAGAUGCAGCCCUGUGUAAUCCUGGGUGGAGAGGGGAAACGCCCUCUUUUUGGGGCUGCUGGUGGCUGGAGCUUGGAGGAAGGCGGGUCGAGCGCAUAGAUCAGAACACAGUGCCGUUUCAUGGCUGCAGUCUACCAAAUGAAGUGUUUUUUACACCUCUUAAGAAUAAAAACGAGACUUGGAGCUUAAUUGUGUCCAUUUUCCAAAGUAGAAUAUAAUCCAAAAUAUAAGGACUGUUAUAGUCAGUAAGAUGGAGUCAGACUGUAAUAGUCAGUAAGAUGGAGGUUUCAUGAACACCCACCUUCCGUGGAGCAGCAUGCAUCUGUCCAUCUGCGACCCGUUUGUGCAAAAUAAAAAGGCUUUGCUGUCCGCGGCAAAGCCCGAUGAAUUUAGAAUCUCAGCGAGAGAGCGACACUAUGGGGCUGCACUGAAGCCUCGCUCUCCCAUCACUCCCGUUUGGUCGAGCCGGAAGGGAACACCAAACCGGCACGUGCGGAGUGACUGGACUGGAACGGAAGAUUGGGGGGGUUGUGACUGGACACAGGACCGGGGGGCGGGGGGGGGGGGGGUGUGAAGGUGUUUGGAAGCUCCAAGACCAGUUUUACCGGCACAGUAUUACACAGAACCACAGCUCUCGCACAAGGCACCCGUCACAUCCCGCGCAAGCAGAAGGGCCAGCAAAGCAAGGCAUUCUGGGACAAAUACAAAUGUGUCCACUCUUUUAUGGCCAAUCUCCAGUGGAGCAUGUAUACAGUACUAAAGUUUUUUUGUUUGUUUUCUUUUUUUUGUGAGAAUCCCAUUAAUGUCUAAGAUGCACAAGAUCUGUACUUCUGAUCUAUAUAUGAACAUUCCUCUGUAUCUUUCACCGUCUGCAUGGGCAAGUCAUGGGUCCUAAAGGCCUUCCUCCUGGCCCUGCAGCCCUUGGGAACCUGCUCCCACUCAGUGUCUUUUACUUUUCUUUCCUUUUCUUUUCCAGAACGAUUUAAGACUGCUACAGUAAUCCAGAUUUCUAUAAACGCUGAUUGUCAUAAUGCUUUGUAAACAGGAUAUAAUAGUGUUACAGUGAGUGUUCAGAUAAAGUGAACAUGACCAAUGUUAAUAAACUAUUUUUUGAAACUUGA